GUAUCUGUCAUUAAUAGAAGAUGAUGUACAUUAUAAUCUAGUUUAAAGUGUGUACUCACAGAGGCAAAUAAAAAUAUAGAUAAAGACAAAAGGUAAAGACAAUAUAUAUUUAAUAAAUAUUAAAGAGUUGAAAAAGAUAUUGUGUGAUUUUUGUUUAAGUGUUUGAGUAACAGGAACGGAUAAAUGAUGUUUUACAUACCAUGUAUUGUUUGUCAACAGUUCAAAAUACUUGACGUAGAAAUUAACGGAUGUUCACACUUAUACUUUAUAAAACGAGGCGACGAACUUACAUGAGGAGACACACUGAAACAGAGAGUUUAUUGCUGUGUUGAAUAUUGCUUCAUACUGCACUCAGGCUUGCAAACAAUAUCCAUAUAAAUGAUAAUUUGAUUUGUUCCACGCAUGCGCAAUAUCAGCUUUAUACAAGGAAGGACUCUGGGAUCCAAGAUUGUGAUGCCUACAUAUUUCUGAAGGGAGUACAGCUUAAGAUUCUAAUCAAUCAGGGGAGUGGUGAGUUGGAGUGGUUGUAAUCGUUUUGACGGGGAAGAUAGAGCCCUACAACUUCAUUUAUCAAACGAAGUGAAGCCAGUCACAUUAUGUCUUUAUCCAAGUGCUAUACCUCUACGCCAGAAACAACAAACACUGCUCGACUGGCGAGACUUAUACUGGGUCCAUGUACUGAUGUGUUACGUGACAUUCUAAAGACAGAAGUGUUACCAUCUGAUUUGUCCAGAAAGGUUAAAGAAUUUAAAGAUAACCUUCCACAUGGACAGAGAAUCCCCCUCAACAAAACACAAUCAGAGAUCAUAUUCCCUAAACCAACGAAGCAGUACAGUGGUGAUUAUUCAGACUUGGACAUAUCUUUAUUGUAUUUACUUCUUCGCAAUGUGAGUAAAAUAGCACCACAUUCCAAAGGUUGGGGAGAGAUUCCUGAUCCCGGAGAUAGAUGCGUGGCAUCAAACAUUGAAAGAAUUCGCCUCAUUAGAAACCAGUAUUACGGACAUUCAGCUGAUCUGUCCCUAACCGAGUCAGAAUUUAGACAAGAAUGGCGGAAUAUCCGGGACAUUGUAGUGGAGCUAGAGCGACACCUAGGAACCACCACGGUUUAUCAGGAUGCAGUCAACACAAUAAAAACCUGCUCCAUGGAUCCAGAACAAGAGAAAAAAUACAUAGAUUUACUUGGAGAUAUCAGAGAACUUCAUACAACAGUGGAUGAUCUAUCGAGGAAAAUGCAGAUUAUUCACAGAGAUUUGGUCCAUCAAGAUCCUAAAGUUGCAAGAAAGAUCGGUACGAGAAUUCUCAAACAUAUUAAACAAAUAAAUCCCAGUGUAUUUCACAAAUUCUAAGAGAUCUACCCGUGAAGAUCCAAAACCAGUUUGUUAAAUAAUGCAUUUUGGUUUCACUUAAUGAAAUAAUAUUGUCAUGAAAGUCGAUAUACAGUGCUGCUAUCCCACAAGUUGACAUGGGAUGGGAUUGGAUAGGAUUCAGGAUUGAGGAUUCACGAUAGGAACCACUCUCUACCAUCGGCUCAUACAUUCACCUCUGUCGUUGGCUCGCGUAUAUCACAGUGAUAAACACGAGAAAUAGUGCGUUUGCUUUAAUUUAUUAUAAUUCAAUUUAUAUGUUUAUGUCUGACUUUUCAUAUAGAUAUUUACUAAAUCAAUCUAGAACUAUUAAUUUAAUUUGAAAUAAUCCUGCAAAAUUAAUAUUACUUCUUAUACGUUAUGUCAAAAAUCUUGACUUGAGCCCAUUGCAGAGGUGUCUGAGAGAGAAACGAACGACAACUCUGCAUAGGAGGUUGGAUAGGAACAUAUAGAAAUUAAUCCAAUCCUAUCCUAUCCUAUCCUAUCCUGUAUACUACAGCCAAUCAGAUUCGAGGAAAGGUUCAUUCAUAUUUCAGAAUAAUUUACAAAAACGAAAUACAGUAUAAAAUGUUUACAAAAGAACUAUUUAUAAAAUUUAAAUAGAAAAUAAAACAUUCUCUUUACUAAAAACAGAUUUACAUUAUAAACUUCGAGUAAUACGGCGUACCGCGAACGAACCACCGAAAGAAUUUGAGAAUGUAAACAACGAAGAGUCCAGACAUCGAAAGACCGUAUUUCUUCAGUUUGUUCGGAUGAUUUAACCGAUUCUUACUUGUGUAAAAGUGUAAUAACAUGUUUUCCUGUUAAAUUUGCUCUGUUUGAUUGGAUAAUUCCACAGGAACCGUCGACAGCGGACUUGAAUAGAUGAUGUGCGAGAACAUAGAAUGGAUUUGCCUGCACUCAUGCGUCAUCACAGUAUAAGGGAUUUUAAUCUAAAAAGU